AUGGACGUGGGCGAGGAGGGUUUGUUCUUGCUAUUAGUAGCACAAGGGGAGCCACGAGCGGAAGAUACAACUGCUAUCUACUCCCCUCCUGGCUGGAUUAUAGCCAUGGGCCGUUCGAUUUUGUUCCUCGUACUCGCCAUCCUCGCCGUCCUCCCCAGCGCCGCCUCAUAUGCGCACGAAUGGAACGAGGGACAACCACAAAAGUGUAACAAGCUGCUGACACGCAAAGAAUGGCGGACCUUCACGAAUCGCGAGAAGGCUGAGUGGGUGGGAGCUGUCAAGGUGCGCUCUCCUUCCCCCGGUAGAUACCGCUGUUUGGCAAGCAUACGACACGAACGGCUAUCCUUGACGACGGACCAGACGGUGCUUGAGGGGAAGAGGAGCCUAUACGACGACUUCUCUUACUCGCACGCAUCAGUGGAGCACAGCGCGCAUAGGAACGCCUACUUUUUGCCGUGGCAUCGCUGGUUCACCUACCUAUUCGACACCUCACUCCGCCGCAAUUGCGGGUACAGCGGGCCAACACCAUACUGGGACUGGUCGCGCGAUCACGCAGACCUGUUCGGCUCGCCAGUGUUCGAGGACUCACCAGAGUAUGGGCUGGGCGGCACGGGGGACUGCGAUUCCUCCCCCGAGGCUGACUGUACCGCCAUCACUGGCGCUUUUUCUCCCACAGGGAACUUCGAACUUUCCUGGCCGAUACCGCACCCGCUGCGGAGGAAUUUGACGCUCAUAACCGGCUGGUUCGCCCAUGAGCUGCCUCAAAACCGCACCCUCGGUCCGGACUUUGUGCGCAACUUGACCGAGCAAACCACGGGCGACUUCUUUAGGUUCCAGCACGCAAUGGCGCUAUUGCACAACCACGUACACAAUUUCGUUGGGGGCGACUUGGCGGGAGAUUGCCCGAAGAUUCUGCCGGAGGAGGAUUGCCAGGGCAUGGCAAUCAGCUUCACGCCUAAUGACCCACUCUUUUGGCUGCAUCAUGCGCAACUGGACCGGUUGUGGAGUGAGUGGCAGCGCCACCACCCCUCCAACUUCGCCGCCUUUUCCGGCAUGCCCCUAACCCCACACAAUAUGACCGAUCCACGAUACGACCCUAACGCGCACGCAGAUCAUCGAAUGCCCUUCGACGUUCAGAGCGUGCCUGUGGCGCCGAAGAGUGUGUUUGAUACGGAGGGUUGGCCGUUAUGUUACCGGUAUACGGACGAGGAGUAA